CUGUAGAUGCUCUGUCUAAAUAAAACGUUGCUGUUGGCUGCUUGAAUUCCCAGCUGAGGUGUCCCAGUUUGAGCUGUGCUUUUAGGUUUAUUUGCAGCACAUCUGAAGCUUUCUGCUGAAACAGCAGUCUGGUCCACCUGUUAGUCCUUAGAGGGCUCGCACUUUGUGGAACGAAAGCUGUCAGAUGCCUUCACACACUAUCUCUCUCACUCUCUGUCCUCAGUCUGCCAUCUACAAGAUCUGCAAAGAGAUGUUUACUGAGGACUGUGACGGCAUCUCUUUCUCAGAUGAGUCACCGGACCUUAUUGGAGACAGGUUAGUGGGAGGUUUCCUGACACUCAGCCCAGACUAUGGCUUUGUGCUUGAGGAUGAGGAAGGUAUCUGCGGCUAUGCUCUGGGCACUGUGGAUGUCAAACCUUUUGUGAAGAAAUGCAAGAUGAGUUGGAUUCCAUUCAUGCAGGAGAAAUACAACAAGCCAGACACAGAGAAGGACAUGUCAGAGGCUGAGGUUAGCAUGUCAUGUCUUCAUCAAACCCAACAAACUAUUCUUUUUAUGGAACAAUUUACUGAAUCUUCAGACAAAAUCUAA